AUGGCGCCGCAAACACUCGACCAGAUUGUCAAAGGUGCACCGGCGCCGAGCACAAGUCUGAACAAGGUCGCCGAAAGCGUCGAGAGAGACCCGCCGCCAUACUCUGCUUCCAUCCUCACCAACGAACCCCACAAUGCCAACAACGACCGCCUACCCACCAUCAAGACCCCGCGACCACCCGUCCUCAGCGACCCGACUUCCCUCCUCCCCUCGUCGCCGCCGCAGAUUUACCUGAACCUCCUCAUACUCGAGGCCAGUCUUCGCAGCCAAUACCUCACCCUACGCGCCCGGCGGCGGCAAAACACCUUUGUCCUCACCCUGUUGGCGGUAUGGAUAGGCUUCUGCUUCUACCUGUUGUGGUUGCGCCCGCGAGAGGAUGGCAAAGGCAUUGGAGGGUCACAAUACUGGCUGGUUGAUAUGCUGCAGAAGGUUGGCUUCAUAACAGGCGUCGUCACCGCUCUGCUCUUCUGGGCGACUGGGCAAUGGGAGAGGGGGGUGAGAUGGCCGCGCCGGUGGAUCGGCGUUGCGAAUCGAGGGCUUAGGGGCAUGAAUGCGAAGAUUGUGGUAAUAAGAGGGCCUUGGUGGAGGGAGCUAGUGGAAUGGGGACAUUUUGUUGUGCCAUUCUCUGGUGGGCUGUGGGGUGGGGAGCAGGGUGGCAGUUCCUACCACUUCAUCAACGUUGCGCAGGAGAACAAGCAUGCGUUGGACGGCGGUCGACCCCGCCAUCGCAUAGUAGAAGACGGGAAGGAAUACGCAGAAGAAGACAUUGCACCUGGAGGCGACUACAUCAAGCUACUGCUUCUCCCCAAACCCUUCACACCCGACUUCCGCCAAGAGUGGGAAGUCUACAGAAACGAAUACUGGGCCACGGAAAACGAGCGAAGAGCAGAGCUGCGGAAACGUGUCCGCGCCAGACAACGUGAGAUUGCUAGAGAAGAAGGAGGCUGGUUAUGGUGGACCGGCUGGCGAGGAUGGAAGCGCGCCCGCGGUCUCAGCGGACGAAGUGCCGACGUAGAAAAGAGCGGCCACGGUCACAGCCACAGUCUCUCCCAUGCCGGCUCACGAAAGCGGCGACAAAGCUUGCUACAAAAUCCCAGAGGAAGAGACGCAUCGCAUUCGCGUAGCUCGUCGCGAAGCACAACACCCACGCCCGAUUUCGACAUGGACGGUCGCCUCCGCCCCAUGGAAGGACGCGAGCGUGAGCGUCGAUGGAGCAACACGUCCACUAGCACAACCGCAAGUCGCAAGUCUUCCCUUCGCUCUAGUUCGACUAUCACACAGGGUAACGCGCAGUCGGCAAGACAACCACCGCAAAGACCGAGCAUGGGGUCGCGACCUAGUACGCCUAGUGAGGGAAACCUGCCGUGGCAGAGCAAGAGGGCUAGCAUGCUGAGCAAUGCGUCAAGUAUGAGUGAGAUGGAGGAAGAUGGGGGUUAUGAGGCUGCGACUGAGGGGAGGGGCGAUAUGAGACCGCUGGCUAGACCGGUGGGGAAGAGGAGGAGUAGUCGGGAAGCUGAUAGUGGAAGGGCGGAGAGCGCAUGA